CAAAUUCCAAAUAGGUCAAUAAUGAUGAACUGACGAAGCUUCUAGUUUAUGAAAAAUUUUAUAAUCACGGGAUUUACCUGGCCUAAAUGUCAACUUUGGAGUACUCCGAAACUGUUGAACCAUGGGGACGAUCUUCAUGGAAAAACGCCCACCGGUGUGAAGAAUGCCCCUAUUUCACAACCUCACUUUUUCUUAUGGUGAACCACUCGAGCCGACGGCAUUCAUCCUUAGAAAAAUUCGCAUGCUCAAACGCCAAAAUCGAAGAAUAUUACUGUAAAGAUUGCGAUUUUAAAACAUCACUAACGAUCGAGUUCAAACAACACUUGAAUAAAAAUCACGGCCUUAAGAGACAGUUUGGAGACGAUUUCAUCAUACAAAAGUACGUUUGCGAAAAAUGCAACUUUGAAACAAAUCUCUUGUUAAAGUGGCUUCAGCAUUCUUCGACAUGCACAAGACAGAAAUCAAAUCAUCAAAGUGUGAGGUAUCACUGUACUGAAUGUCCAUUCGAAACCGUACAUAAAAAUUAUUUAAAGACACACAUAACUUUGAAACAUCUAGAUGAAGAAAAGGUUAAGUGGUACGAAUGUAAACAUUGUCCAUUCAAAACCAAACUAAAAAGCACUUUAAAAAGCCACAUAGACCGCUUACAUUCGAACGACGAAGACGUUAAAUGGUACGAAUGCGACCAGUGCCUUUUCAAGAGCAAGUAUAGACGUUCUUUGGUGGUUCACGUGACUGCUAAACACACAGACGAGGAAAAAAUUAAGUGGUACGAAUGUAAGGACUGCCCGUACAAGACUAAACAAGCGGAACAUUUAAAAACUCAUAUAAAUUGUCGACAUCUGGAUGACGAGAGAGUUAAGUGGUACGAAUGUGCGAAAUGUUCGUACAAAAGUAAAGCAAGGUGUGAUUUAAAAGUACACAUGAAAGUCCACGUGGAGACUAAAUCGUAUCAGUGCGAAUAUUGUCCACAUAAGGCGAAACGCAGUGGCGAUUUAAAGCGUCACAUAAAUUGUCGACAUUUACAUGGAACCGAAGCCAGAUGGUACAAAUGUGAACACUGUUGUUACAAGAGCAAAAGUGGGGCGUCUUUUUACAGACACAAAAAAAAACACGCGGCGGAUUUAGUUGAGGGUAUUUAAUUGUAACUAUUUUAUUAUAUUACAUAUUUAUUUUAAAUAAUUAUUAAUAUUACUAUUAUUAAAGUGAAAUACGGAACGGGCCCACCUCUUUCUUGUUUCCCAUUGACUCUCGUGUCAUUGGUUGAUUCAGUUUUUGAGGUUAUGUGUACCCACACAGUAGUAUAAUUAAGUAUAAUAUGUGUAAUGUUCUAACUCAGAUUAUUAUACCUAGUUUUCUUACUCAUUUUUCUAUUUUCUAUGCAUUUUUCCAAAAAUCGUCACAUCAAAUGUGACGUCAAAAUGUUAGGUUAGAACUCUGGUGUUUUGGAAUAACGUGUCAAAUAUCCACUUUAACACGAUUUAUUGAGGCACCAAAAUGUCGACGCUGGAAUUUUCGGAAGCACUCGCAGCACUGGGAAGAUCAUCCUGGAAAAACGUCCAUAACUGUAAACUGUGCCCCUAUUUUUCAACAUCGCUCGUCUUAAUGGUGAACCACGUGAGGCGGCACCGUUCUACCCUGGAAAAAUUUACUUGUUCGAACCCCAAAAUCGAAUCCUAUUACUGCAAAGACUGCGAUUUUCAAACGGAACUAACAAUUUUGUUCAAACAACACAUUAAUAAGUAUCACGGUCUUAAACGAGGCGAUUUAUCAAGCGAGGACUUCAGUAUACAAAACUACGUGUGCGAAAAAUGCCACUUCCAAACAAAUUUCUUGUUCAAGUGGCUUCAGCAUAGUUCGACAUGCGUGGAAACGAAAGUGAAUCUUCAAAACUUGAGCAAGCGCUACGCAUGCUCCGACUGCCCAUUCAGAUCUCAUUAUAGCUCAUGUUUAAGAGAGCACAGUCGUCUGUUCCACCUAGGUGAUGAACACAAGUGCGAAAAAUGUAUUUUCAAAACUGGGUCGAAAAGUGUUUUAAAAAAACACGUGCAUAAUAACGAUGUCGAAUGGUGCAAAUGCGACGAGUGUUCUUUCAAAACUAAGUGUAAACGAUACUUAACAUUCCACGGAAUUUACAGACACUUAAACUUGAUUCAAUAUAAAUGCGAACAGUGUCCUUUUAAAACCAAACGUAAAGCAGACUUGGAACUCCAUCUGAGUCGUUUCCACUCCAAACAAAACGAUGUCGGAUGGUCUGAAAAGUGCCCAUUCAAAGCCAAAUCCGGAAAUAGUCUAAAACAACACCCACAACUAAUUCACCUGAAUAAAGAAGACGUUAAAUGGUUUGAAUGUGCAAAUUGUUCGUACAGAACUAAAGCACGAAGGAAUUUAGUGAGGCACGUAAAGGUGCAUUCAGAGAUCAAACCGUAUCAGUGCGAAUAUUGCCCAUAUGAGGCGAAACGCAUCAAUGAGUUAAAGUGUCACAUUAAUUGCCGCCAUUUGAACGGAAAGGACGUUAAGUGGUACAAAUGCGAACAGUGUUCGUACAAAACUAAAUAUGGAUCGAGUUUGUAUAAGCACAACAAAGCACACGAGAUUUAGAUUUAGUGUUGUUUUUUUUAACAUUCAUGUAAGCAUUGUGUAAAGUGUUAUAUUUUGAGACUACCUGUUUAAGAUUUUUAAUAAAAAAUAAUUGAUGGU